AAUCUUUUUACAACAACACAAAUGACUCUGGUUUUGGAAAAAGCUGAUCAAUUCAGACACAUCAUUCGUAUUUUAAAUACUAAUGUCGAUGGUAAAUAGCGUCUUGCUUAUGGAAUUAGAAGCAUCAAGGGAAUAGGUAGACGCUUUGCCAUAUAAAUUUGCAAAGUAUCUAUGAAUCAAUAUGGUGUUUAAGGUGUUGAGACUAGACUUAACCAAAAGAGCAGGAGAACUUACUGAUGAUGAGGCUCACAAGAUUACAGAAGUGAUCAAGUCUCCAGAGGCAUACAACAUUCCUAGAUGGUUCCUUAAUAGACAACGUGAUUUUAAAGACGGAAAGAAUUAUUAAGUAACAACAAAUGAACUUGAAACUAAACUCAGAGAGGAUUUGGAGAGAAUGAAGAAAAUUAAGUAUGUAUAAUGGUCAUGAUUUAAGAUGUAAUCGAGGUUUGAGACAUCAUUGGGGAUUGAGAGUCAGAGGACAACACACAAAGACAACAGGUAGAGGAGGUUAAACUUUGGGUGUGGAAAGAAAGAAGAAGUGAAAUUACAUUAUUUUUGUUAGAGC